GCACUUACAUUCAACCACGUGAAUUACAGGGGUUCCUUGGGUCCCAGGAUCUCGAACGGCCUGGCGUUUUGAAAUUUGAAUCCAAGCCAACGGCUGUGUGGACAGUGAUCCACGUGACUCUCUUUCACGGCAAAUCUCCGUACUCCUCCUCCUCCUCCUCCUCCUCCUCCUCCGCAUCCCCACCACCGUAAUGGCAGCCCUCACCCCCGGCGUUCUUCUCAAACUCCUUCAGUCCAUGAACUCUGACUCCAAGCCCUUCGGCGAGCACCGCUCUGCCGUUCUUCAAGUCACCGGCAUUGUCCCCGCUCCCUCCGACGAUCUCUGGCCUUCCCACGGUUUUUACCUCCAACUCUCUGAUUCCCUCCACUCCACCUAUGUCUCCCUCUCCGAUCAGGACGCCGAUCUCAUCGUCUCCAACCGCCCCCAGCUCGGCCAGCUCGUCCAUCUCGACCGUCUGCAUUUCGAUCUCCCCGUCCCGCGUGCUCUUGGUCUCCGCCCUAUCUCCUCCCCUCGUCACCACCCUUUUAUUGGCUCACCCGAACCCCUCAUAGCUCUUUCCACUCCUUCCCAUGCCCCAGGUUUCGUCAUCCAGCCAGCUUCCCCUUCUUCCGCCGCCAACACUGUCAAGCUACGCCCCGUCUUUGCACCCAAAGAAAACUUUCUCCUUGCUGCAUCAAACCCCGCUUCGUCUGGUUCCACUUUGUCUGUUUCCAGGCCCAAGCGCAGGUUCUCAUCUCCCGCUUCUCGGAACCCUUCCCCUCUUCCAGAAAAGCAGGGCAGCAGGGUUGGUUCUAGGGCGCCAUCACCGGUGCCUUCCAAGUGCGAUGUGCCUAGCCUUGUGGCCGCGCGGGAGGAGAAUAGGAAAGUUGCGAGGGAGCCGGCGAUUGUGGUCCCUUCGAGGUACCGGCAACCUUCGCCGGUUGCGAGGAAGACGGCGGGGGUUUCGCCAAUGGGAAGGAAAGGUGCAGCAUCGCCAGGUUCUCGAAGGUUGUCUGGUGGGAUUAAGUUCUCGCCGGCGGCUGGGGAGGCGGGGGGUAAGAGGAAGGUAGGUCUAGUGGUUGCUGGGAUUACGAGGGUUCCUGAUGCACUUGUAGGGUCUGGCAGAUCUGUGAGGAAGAGCUGGGAUGAUUAUUCUUCUAGUUCGGAGAACAGUUCGGCUGAGACUAAAGGAAAGCCUGGUUCAAAGGGUAAAGCACAGGAGCAAGCUACAAGGAAAGCACAGGUUGCCACAGCAUGUCAGUUAAUUGAUACUGUUAAGGAUAAAUCCCAUAAUGAGGAAGAAUUAACGGAGGAGAAGCGACGAAAAAGUAUCAAGACUGUUGCCUCAGUAGUGGAGAAUUCUAUGCCUAUGCCACCAAAGUGUGCUGUCUAUGACCGGAAGUGGACCGACGGAAGCGUUCCAUUGGAUAGUGUUUCUCAGAACCUUGAAAGACUUGGAAAGGAAGCCUUUUCAAGGAGAAACAUUGCCGCCAUUGCUGCAGCAGAAGCUUUGGAAGAAGCAUUGGCUACAGAAUCCAUUAUCAGAAGUUUAAGCAUGUUUUCUGAACUCUGCUUGACAUCAAAGAAUGGAAAUCUACUGCGAACAAUCAACACUUUCUUAUCCAUCUAUGAUGAUGUUAUGAAAGAGACUUCAAUAGCUGCACCUCUUGUUGCCAGUCGCGUUUGUAAUUUGCCUGCCGAUUCAUCUUCCAUCAGUAGAACCAAGUCAGCUUCCCUCUGGGUUGAAGCAGCACUGACAACCAAUCUCGAAGUUCUAAAUCUUAUAAACAGCACCACAGAUAGCCACAAAAUCUCCGAAAAAAUAGCCAUUCCAUGUGGAGAUUUUCCAAAAUCAAACAUAUCUAAAAGGAUUUCUCUUGGAACUCAUGCUAAAAGCCAAACAAAAGCCUCAACUACUGGUUCUGCUGCUAACUUGUGGACCAGAGGACAAGAUGUUGAGCAGACACUGAAGCUUGCAGAAACACUUAGAAAUGAAAUGCAAAACUGGUUUUUGAAGUUUGUGGAGGGAGCCAUAAGUGUGGGUUUUUUCAUAUUUGGUGAGCACAGCAAAGAUGAUCAAGGAACUUCUUUUAACGACAAUGGUAGAGUUGCUGCAGUUGUGUUUCACCUGAAGCGAGUUAGCGACUGGAUCGAUAAGGUUUUGAGUAAAACUGAAGAUGAAAUUCUGGUGGAAAAGAUUGAGCAGGUGAGGCAAAAGAUUUGCAAUUUUGUGAUGAACAACAUGGGUUUGAUAAAGCCGACUCCAUGUAUUUGGGAUGAGGGUAACAAUGGCAUUAUUAUGAACAGUAUGGGGGCAUUCCAUAGUGCACUGUCUCUUGGCAAAGCAUGAUUUUUAUUCUCAGUCUGUGAGAUCUUAGUUGGUUUUGUAAAGAUGUGGGGGAUGAAGUGAUGUUGUUAUCCUUUUUCCUUUCUUUUGUGGGGGUAAGGUACUGAUUUUGAUAUUUUUAUUAAGACUUCAAAUAAAUGGCAAGUCUUUAUCAUUUUGGUGUGUAGUUUGUUAAAAUGACUUUAUUAUGGGUCAUUAUUUUGAAGAUUGUAAGGUAAGGAUAUGUUCAUUUAUUGCUUGGAGUUAAGUGAAAAUAGUUUUUGUUUGGUUUGGUGGGAAGUGUGAACUUUUUGCAAUGGAGCAUUUAAUGUAGUUUAUUU